AUGGUUGAGCGUCUCCACCCGGCCAUCCGACCAGCGGGUAUCUCCGUUGAAAGUGCGAAAUCGAAAGAGUUCCUUCGAUUGAAUGUUGGUGGCCAUCGAUUUAUGCUCAAGAAAGAAACGAUACUCGCCCGAAAAGUUGGCCAAAUACAUCAGCCUUCACAUUUAUGCCCAAUUGAUAUACUGGAUGAAUUGGAUUAUUGGGGUAUCGUGCCUGACAACUACCUCGCUCCCUGUUGCUGUGCAGAAGAUAAGAACGAUCUGGAUUCAAUUUCAUCAUUUUCCUCUGAAGAGUCGCCAAAUCAAUUCAAACACCUGCGAUUCGGCGAGUUACGAAGGAAAGUUUGGAACGUGAUCGAGGAGCCCACUAGUUCCGGCUACGCCCAAGUGUUCGCCACGUUUUCUGUGUUAUUCGUGUUGAUAUCCAUCUCUGGACUCGUCCUAGGCUCACUUCCCGAGCUCCAGGUCUCCGUACAAAAGAAUACCACUCAAGGUACGAUCUUGUAUAUCCACUAG